AUGGGUUCUUCUGACAGUGCUGUCUUUGGGGGUGCUGAGCCUGGGGGUGCGGAGCCUGAGCGAGAGGAGCCUGGAGGUACUGAGCCUGGGGGUGCGGAGUCUGGGGGUGCUGUGCCUGCGCGUGAGGAGCCUGGAGGUGCUGAGCUUGGGGGUGCCGAGUCUAAGGGUGCGGAGCCUGUGCGAGAGGAGCCUGGGGUUGCUGAGCCUAGAGGUGCGGAGUCUGAGGGUACUGAGCCUACGCGUGAGGAGCCUGGAGGUACUUCGCCUGGAGGUUCUGGAGCUGCUGAGGGUGCUGGAGCUGGAGGUUCUGGAGCAGUUGGGGGUGCUGGCGCUGAGGGUUCUGAGUCUACUGUUGCGCGGUCUCCUUGGAGUAGCCGCCUUCGUCCGCGUGUGCCUCUCACCCCACAGCAGCUGCAGGACUGGUACGGUCGCCGUCAGCGUCGCGCUGCUGGAGCCCGGGGCUCUGCUGCUGGAGGUACUUCUGCUGACGUCCCUGGAGCUAGGAGUGGUGCUGGUCCUUUGUCUACUAGAGGUGCUGGAGUCGCUGGUUCCGGAGGUGCUCGUACUGGAGGUACUGGAGCUGCUGGGGCUGGGGGUGCUGCGUCUGGAGGUGCUGCUGCUGGAGACACUGAGACUGGAGACCCUGGGACUGGAGGUGCUGGUUCUGGGGGUGCUGCUGCUGGAGACACUGAGGUUGGAGACCCUGGGACUGGAGGUGUCGGUUCUGGGGCUGGAGCUUCUGGAGCUGCUGGAGGUGCUGGAGCUGCUGGAGGUACUGGAGCUGCUGGAGCUACCGACAGGUAG